UCAAAUCUCUGCGUGUAGUUUUGGACGCACGCAGACCGUAGUCGUGUGUCUGUUUCAGUCUGGAUAGCUUUUCGUUGUACUUUUCGUGGAUGUUUGCACAUAUUCUAUUUCAAAAUAUUUUCCUGGUUUAAUUGAGGUUGUUCAGCGUAUCGUGAAAAAGGAGGAUAUAACUGUGAAGGAUCAGAACUACAAGAUGCCUUUUUCGAGAGGAAAGAAGCCCACCACCAGUAAAAUCCCCAAACUUCACCCCAAAGGACUGGAGGACCAGGAUGGCCCUCAGACCAAGCGCUCAUCUUCUUCUCCCCAAGGGGCCCCUAAGAAAAGAACUGCUUUCGUGGACAUCACCAAUGCUGUCUCUCAGUGUUUUUUGGCCCCUCGGUUUGAUUCUGAUGAUGUCAGACCAGCACACAAGAUUGAGCUAAGCAACCCCAUCAAGAAGAAAGAUCCUGUCAAGAAACUGCAGAAGAAGGUCUCAGUACUUUCUAAGAAUGAUGUCAACUCAAAAUCUGUGAUCAAUUCAGAGGACAAGUUAGAUGAACUCAAGAAUGCGGAAUUCAAGAUUGAGAAACUGGAAGAACCUUCUUCCAAAGCUCCAAUUCCUCCACACCUACAGCCUCCAGAGAUUCCUCCUGAGUUUGACAUUGAUUCAGAGCACCUCAGUGACUCUACACAUACAGUGGAGUACGCUAAAGAUAUUUUUGACUACCUCAAGAGCAGAGAGGAAAAGUUUGUCUUACAUGACUACAUGGCCGAUCAGCCAAAUCUAAACAGUAAUAUGAGAGCGAUUCUGGUGGACUGGCUGGUGGAGGUCCAGGAGAAUUUUGAGCUGAAUCAUGAGACUCUGUACCUUGCUGUGAAAAUGACGGAUCAUUAUCUGGCUGUGAGCCAGGCCAAGCGGGAGUCUUUACAGCUCAUUGGUUCCACUGCCAUGCUCAUUGCUUCUAAGUUUGAGGAGCGAGCUCCACCUUGCCUGGAUGAUUUCCUGUAUAUUUGUGAUGAUGCCUACAAGCGUUCUCAGCUCAUCGCCAUGGAAAUCAGCAUCUUGCAGGCGCUGAACUUUGACAUCAAUAUUCCGGUUCCAUACCGCUUCCUCCGUCGCUACGCCAAGUGUGUGAAUGCAGGUAUGGACACACUGACUCUUGCACGCUUUAUUUGUGAGCUGAGUUUGCUGGAGAUGGAGUUUGUGCCCGUGAGAGCAUCUUUGCUCUCCUCUGCCUGUGUGCUCAUCGCUCUGGUUACUAAGGAUCUUGGAGGAUGGACAAAGUGUUUGGAGUUUCACUCUGGAUACAGUGUGGAGGAUCUGGCACCCGUGGUCAGAAAACUUCAUGAAAUGCUCAUCAGCCCGCCGGACAGUAAACUCGCCGUCGUCAGGAGCAAGUAUGCACACAAGGUUUUCUUUGAAGUUGCAUUGAUCCCCACAGUGAGUCUGGAAACGUUGGAAAGGUUUUUGAAAUAACCCGAAAGAAUAGGUGUAAUGUUUCGAACGUUGUAAAUAAUUAUAUUUAAUGUUAUAUUUUAAUAUUUUGAAAUAAAGUGUUUGUGUGUAAAUUUACAUGUAUAUGCAUGUUCUCCAUUGUACGUUUGGCUGUUCAGUUGUUUUUUACAAACCAUGUUAUUCUUGAGAAAAACACACAGCAGUGACCCUAUAAGUGUUUCAAAACUGAUAAAGUACAAACCGUUUCAAUGGUUCAAUAUAUUAGGUAAUUAGAUUUGUGUUAUUGAAUGUUGUUACUAAAAUGGCAUUUUAAUGCUUAAUCUUGUACAUAUCUAUAUAUACAUCUGUUUUUUGUCUUUGUUGUACCUCUUUGUAUAGUUCGCCAUGUCUGUAUGUUUUCUUAAUUAAAAAAAGUGUUUUGUUUUUUUAAACACUGGUUGAUUAAAAAAAAGUAUUGGAUAUUUGCCUGAUUCUUGCAUGUACUUUAUGUGAAAUAAAUGUAAUUAAAAGAUGUAAUAUCUCAGUUCAACCAGUAGGAGGCAGUGUGAACUCAGAU